AUGUAUAAUGGAUCGAUCUACACUGUCUUGUGUUUUUUACUACUUCGAGUUGUUCCAUUACAACUUACAUCAGCGGUUAUUCUCUACCCACCAUUCGAACGUAUUGUUGAUCAAUUAGUAUUGAAUUCAACACUACCAACUUGUACAUUAGCAACAUGUAGAAAAACGUUAACACAAGCCAAUUUUUCAACUGUUGAUAUCACACAUGAAAGUCUAUUGAAACUAUCGGGUUAUGAAAAGCAUUCUCAGAAAACGAAACCAUCGGCAGGACCGUAUCUUAUUUCAUCAACGGGCAUCUAUCGUGGUCGACGAAUAAGAUACUCUCAGAACCGUUAUAUUGAUCAAUUUCUUGGUAUUUACUAUGCUGAAACGCCGUUAUCACUUGAAAAGCCAGUUCGAAAAAGUUUCAACUAUUCAUUACAGAAUGCAACGAAGUUCUCUCCGUAUUGUAUGCAAUCGUUACUGAUGACAGAGAAUCUUUCAUACGGUUCAUUUAUCAUGCAACAUAACUUUCAUGAAAAUUGUCUUUCGUUGAACAUUUACCGAGCUGAUCUACGUUACGGAGAAAAACGUAAGGCGAUUAUGUUAUUUUCUCAUGGUGGGUCGAACCAGAUCGGAGGCGGAUCGUUGUUUGAUGGAAGCAUCUUAGCUAGUGAAGGUGAUAUUAUUGUAAUCACAAUGAAUUUUCGAUUAAAUUAUCACGGAUUUCUCUCGAGUGGCGACGAGAGAAUCAAAGGAAACUAUGGUCUUUGGGAUCAAUUAUUAGCGGUCGAAUGGAUAUAUGAGAAUGCUCAUUUGUUUGGUGGUGAUCCGAAACGUAUAACUUUGGCUGGUCAUUCAGCUGGUGCUGGAAAUGCGAUGCUCAUCCCGGCAAGUCGACAUUGCCGUGGUAUGAUUAAACGUGUUAUAUCUCAAUCUGGUACUGGCCUAGCAGCAUGGAGUGUCAAUCGUCAACCAAUGAAGCUAAUCGAACGUUUAUCGCGAGAAUUUUAUUGUCAAUAUCCUGAUGAUAAUGAAAUGUUUGAAUGUAUCAAUAGAUUAUUACAAGAUAAAAACGGAGAUUUUUAUCGUCUACAUUUAAGUCUUAGUAUUGCGGAUGACAAUCCAUAUCCUGUGAUCGACAAUGAUUUUCUAGAUGAUUCAAUUGAAAAUCUCAUUCAAAGUGAUAUCUAUGAAAAUAUCGAUUUUCUCACAGGUGUAACUCUUAACGAAGGUCUCUACUUCGCGGAAUACCAUAUCGGACAUUUCUAUGGUGACUUAAAUGUUCAAUCAGCAUCCAUUGGUAAACGUCCAAGCAGUCGGCAAAAACGUUCGACAUCACGACAUUUGCCAGCAAUCAUUCCGCCUGAUAUAAUCAUAACUGGAGAUCAACAGAAUGAAGAGAACGAUUACGAAGAUCAUGAUGAAGAAGAAUAUCAUGAUGAUCAAAUGAGUUAUGAUAGUCGAACACAUGUGGAACAAAUCUUAAGCUACGAUCCAAAAAUGGUUCUUGCUCAAUUCUCUCGUAUCGAUUACAUUGAACGUUACAUUGCGGCAAACUUUCAGCACGGUUCAUGUUUUCUUGACGAAACAAGGAAAAUCUAUGAACGUCCGGGAAAGGAUAAUAGCACGAUAAGGCUGAAACUUUACAUCGACCUCGUUUCGGAUUUAAUGUUUAAUUAUCAUAUGGUUCAUUCUUUAAAUUUACGAACACAAGUACCUAAUAGAAACACAUCAAACUAUGCUUACGUUUACGCGCAUUGGCCGACAUUCAAAUCACGAAGUUUAUUUCGUGAUCAUUUGAAAUUAUUACCUCAAGUGAUUGGACAUUUUGCUGAAUUAGACUAUGUCUUUGGUGUACCAUUAGCACGUGGUUAUCGACGAAUUCAUCGUAAUGUUAACAUGAGUUACUAUAACUUUUCGAACGAAGAAGAGGAAUUCAGUCGACAGUUGAUCCGUUAUUGGUCAAAUUUUAUCAAAACGGGAAAUCCCAAUCAAGACUCCUCGUUGGUCGUAACGGAUUCGCAAUCGGAAUGGAAGCCGUACACAGCUAAUGAACACAAUUACAUGUUUUUCGAAUUGAAUAAUAUCCGUAACGAGCGUGACUACUAUAGUUCAAUGUACUCAUUCUGGUCACAAUGCUUUCAAAUCGAAGCCAAUGGUAGGUGUACGAAGUCAAAUCUUUAUACGAAAAUGAAGAGACAUUUUGUACCAUUUUCUAUCUUAUUUUCGAGUUUGCUAUUGAUUAUACUUGUUUAUUUGAUUUGUAAAAGUUACUGUAAGAAAGAACAAUAUCGAACACCGAAUGAUUUACAUCAAUAUCCGGAUUUUGUUACAACUUAG